UGCAUCGCGCAGGCAUCGUCAUCGCCCACCACUCAGUGUUCUGUGUCGGAACGUGCAUUGCCUGUGUAGUUUCGUUGAGGGUGGAUCUGCAUUUCGUGGUUAAAAAAAGUUUGGCAUAUUGAAUCGGCAACUUUUUGUUGCUUAGGCUGUAGUCAUGGAUAUUGAAUAUUCUGUAAUAAGCCAGCCUCCGGUCGACGAAACCGAUGACACCAUACCACUACCAUGCUGUGGUAAUGGUCUUCCGCUGAUCCCUUUGCCAGAACUACCUAUAUUUAAUGCUCUAGAAAAACAGUACCUAGGAAGUCUGCAUCAGCCCGGGCUCACUAAUGAAGUCCGCUUCGGCAUUGGACGAGGAAAGAUAUCAACGCUUUCCUCUGGCCUUCCAGCAGGAGAUGCUAAUUCUGGGUGCAGUGACAAGGUUGGUUCCUAUUGGCACAAUCAAAUACCGCUAAGGGUAUCCAGUUUGGACGCUGGCUUGGAGCCUCCAAGUUCUGAUGCCGCAGGAGUAAAUGAAACAGCAUGUAGGCCACCUGGUUUUGCUACAAGAAGCACCCUCAGACGAGGUCGAGGCAUUCGUACUUCUGGAAAGCCUUUCAAUAGUGGUGCCAGGCCCCUCUGUCCUCGAACCAUGUCCGGUCCACCACCAGAGUCCGGUCCACCACCAGAGUCUUCAGGUCAGGCGGAGACAGCACGGUCUGAUCAGCCACCACUGCCAAAGUCUACGAAGGCCAUCCCAAGAGGUGCACCGGCUGCAGUGCCAUUUGAUCCGGAUUCUGUUUAUGAAUCAUGCAUUUCAUCAUCGGGGUCGAGUUCAGACCUGGUGUAUGAAAGUGCAGUUGAAGUAUUGCCUUCGAAUGCAACUCCAGAGCCUGGGUGGGUGACGCCUGUCUCCAGUGCUGUGCUUGCUGCCCCUGAUUCUUUGGUUCCUGAUUCCAUCAAGUUGGUUCCGGAGGCAUCCAUUCCCAACUCAAAAACAGCCGCUGCUCUGUCUGAGAAGCAGAAGAUGACAGCCUUAAAAAAAACCAAGGUCCUAAUUAUGGUUGAUCCUGAUGCCUCCGAUUCUGUGCUGGAGAAGCCAAAGAAGACGUCCUCAAAAGAAGCUGAUCCUGACACUCUGAUUGCUCCGUCUUCAACAGCUGCUGAAAAGGAUGCUUCCGCUUCUGUCGCAAAGAAGCAAGAUGUUACUUCCGGCAGAGGAACUCGGGUCUGGAUUAAGGGUCUACCUAAAGGAACAACUCCAGAGCUCAUCUACUACAACACAGCCUCAUUUGCUUCCAUCGAUGAUGUGAUCAUCACUGCUGAUGAGCAUGGAGCAUCAGCAGAAAUAGCUUUGACCAAGCCGUACUGUGUGAUGAAGCUGUGCCAGUGUUUGCAAGAAGCAUUGACACUUGAGGGCUACAAGAAUCAGCUCGAGUUUUCGUGUCUGAAUCCAAUGUAAAAGCUGUCACUCGGAGUUGGACUCGUCAGUGAAGCGAGCCUGUCGUUAUCUUGAAAAGCAACGCGUGGAUCAAACCGUGUGAAAAGUUUUUUUAGUUUGAAGUCAUUAUUUUGUUGCUCUCAAAUGCAGUCAGUUAUUUUUAAUAAAGAUUCAGCUUUUUCAUAGACACCUUAACAAGAAUGCGACAAUGGUUCAGCACUCUGUUCUUGGUUUGUACAUCUUGACCAUGACCUUCUAUAUAAACUUCCGACCUGCUCACCGGCGCACUCUCUUACGGCGGCGCAUGGGCCUGAAAAUUGAGGCGUGCAGAAGACUGUUUAAACGAUGAAAUUGGUUAUGUGCCCUGGCUCCCACAAUUCGGCAAGCUGAUAGAACCGGAAAUAAGAAUAUACAAAAUUUAAGUGGGGAAUAUGGUGGCAGUGAACUGUUUCAAUACUCAAUCUUGCUCUAGAUGGCAGAAGUUGACUUUUUUCAGGAGGGUAGGAUAUAUAAACU